CUUUGAAGAUGCCUAAAGCCAAUCGGUCAGCCUCAGCUCAAGCAUCCGGGAAAGGGAAGGAUGCCAGGAAGCUGCGCCGGUCACCUCGUUUGUGUGCUAUCCAGUCAGGAGUGCGUGGACGGCAGUCACAGCUGGAGGAUGUAACGACUCCGGAAGUGGGAUGCCAGCAGCAAGGUUGGGACCGAGCAGAGGAGCCGAAGCUUGACCAAGUUCCUGGACCGAGUAGGGGAAGUGGACCACGCCAACGACGAAUCCAGGCAAAGAGCCAAACUCCUCCCCAGAUUGAUCCCAAGCUUUCAUAUCUGAGCUUCACCCCGGGUCAGAGGAUUGGUGACAUCAAUCUGGGCAAGCUGGCCGUCAAAGGCAAGUGGGAGAUGCUACGUGAGUUUGGUAAAAGAGGAAGUGGUCCAGGAAAGUUUGAUGGGGUUGUAGAUAUUACUGCUACUCAACCUGGUGAGAUUGCUGUGGCAGACUAUAGGAACAAACGAGUGGUCAUCUGCAGCAAUGAGGGACAACACAAGGGAACCAUUCCCCUACAACGUCCACUGGCAGUUGCAGCCAUCCACAAUCCUGAGCAACGCUUGCUUGUGUUGGAAGAUGGAAGCAAGUAUGUCAAGGUGUUCAACAUGAAGGACAACACUCUUGACUUCAAAUUCCCAACGGUAGCACCGAGUGAGUUUGAGGAGACACAAGUGAACCUAAAGAGCACAACAGUCAGGACAAACGGUAUUAUUUUAGUAGGAGACAUAGAAAGAAUGGUGUGGACUGAACACAGACCCACUGAUGAAAGUGGAUAUUACCGACUGUAA